AUGGAGGAGGAAGGCGGCGCCAGUGGCAACGAGGAGGUGGUGCAGCUGGAGGACGCGGUGGAGCUGCUGGUGGAGCACCUCGUGGCGCCGGUGCUGCCGCGCGGCCAGGUCGACCGGGAGGAGGCCCUGUCGCCUGAGACCCAGGAGGCCGUGGCGCGUCAGGUCCACGCGGCGGUGCUCCUGUACAACUACUACCACCGGAAGCAGUUCCCGCAGCUCGAGUUUGCCACCCCCGAACGGUUCUGCCUGUCCGCCUCCCUCAACGUCAGCAACAAAAAUCUGCUCAUGUACCUGAACCAGGGGCAGAACCGCCUUGGCAACGAAGUGGGGGCCGGGCUCUCGGUUACUGACAAGGCAAUCAUUGACGCCUGCGACAUUGCCGAGGCACUUGACCCCACGAAGGACUCCCCCGAGAUGAUCAUGUGGCCGAUCUCCAAGGUCGCAGUUCUGCUUCUCAAUCGGACAAAGAAAGUGUGCUUGCUCGAGCAUGGAUCCAAAACCAAGGGCGUCUGGUCGAUGUUUGAGAAAGAUGUCACGAUGGCAUUGUUUGAGAAAGAUAUCAAGAUGGCAUUAGGUGGUUCGCUCAGCAGUGACAUGUCAGUGCAGGGGUCGAGUAAUAAAUCCAUGGCACUUCCUUCUGAACCAUAUGUGCUUCAGCAGAUUGCAUAUUCAGAGGUGGAGCUCAAAACAGGUAUGAAGCAUACAAAUUUGCGUUUUAUCGAAGACCAUCGGGUGUACUCACUAAGUAAGAAAGGGACAGCUACCAUAUUGUUCCUUUUGCACUAUGAUCAAACUGUCGAUAGCAAGCUUAAGGAAAUGCCUUUAGAUGCCCUGAUCGAAAGGAUGAGUGGUCCUAUAUUUGAAAGUGGUCCGUACCCAACAACGACAUCUGUUGUUGAAUGCUAUCAUUUACUGCCAUAUAAGAAGGUCUUGUUAAACGUCCUGAACAGGGACUGGCCUUUGGGUUCUUCACUGAGCGCGCCAAAGGAGCGGGUAUUUGAAAAUGGGAAAUCUUCAUCUCUCUCUGAAAUAGAUGGAAGUUUGAAGGAACAAGAAGCUAAUAGUAAUAUCAAUUCUAAAAGGAAAAAAAUAACCACAGACGUGACUCCAAAGAAAAAGAAGCAGGUAGUAAAAGCUGUUGGUGAUAGUGGCACCAGCAACUGCAGCACCAGCAAAAACAGAAAAGACAACAACACGAACUGCAAAAGAAAAUCUGAAGCCUUCAAGACUAAAGUUGCUACCUACACAGAGCACGGGGAUGGUCAGAGCCCCACAAAAGACUUACAAGCCAGUGUCCAAAUGGACAACAACAGAACAGAGAAGAACUCUAAAAGUAGAAAUGUGCCCCAAGAUAUCAUUCCGACACCAGAUGUUGAUCCUGUAAUUAACGACCAUGCCUUGAAAAGCCAAAAGGAGAAAGUCACUGAAAAGUCUGGUGGCAUCACAGGUAACAUGAAUGUUCAGAAGUAUGCGACACUGCAAUUACUCCAGAAGAUGCGAGAUGAUACACUCUGUGAGCAUUUUGUGCUUGGAGAUCGAAGUGCUGAGUAUGAAAUGGACAUUCAAACAAUCUUGACAGAAACGGAGAUGACACCUAAAGUAACGUCAAUCCUAAAGAAAUAUGAGAAUAGUGGGAAGAUGAUGGAAGUUGCCAAUCCAAUUAGCUGUGGAGAAGGAUGCCAAACCAUGAACAUAAAGAGGAAGAAACUGAAAGAAGCCAUACUUCUACGCAACAAAUGCCAGGAACUGGAUGACAUAUGCCGUGAGAGCAACUGGAUUUUUCCAAGAUACAGAGUACUUCCUUCAGUUACCAGUGAUAUGUACCAGGCCAGUGUCCACCUUACGGGCCCAGAUUUCAACUUGAGUGCAGAUGGUGAUAUGAAGGUCACCCCUCAUGAGGCACGAGACUCAGCGGCAUCCAACAUGCUGUCUCAGCUUCAGCAGAAGGCAAGGGAAGACUAG